AUGGAAGUACUCUGUGCUGUCUACGAUCGACAACCACGAGACGAAUACAUCGUUGGCGAGCGCUGCGCCAUUCUCUCAGCCAUUGAAUUGGAGGAUUCUGUUAAUAAGCAGUCAUUCUGGAAAAUAUUUCGUAAUGAUGAGAUCAAGACUGGUCAGCGUGUUCUCCUUGCAUGGGGUAUGCAACUUAUGAAUCAGGUGGGAGGAAUCAUCCUCGUUGUCUAUUUCGCUCCGAGUGUUCUGAGAAACAACGUCGGCAUGAGCAGCCAGAUGGCUCAAAUUCUCGGCGGAUGCAUUCAAAUCAUGUUUAUGCUCGGCUCCCUCCUACCAGUAUUCAUGCUUGACCGCAUGGGCCCGCUGCUAUCACAAGUCGACAAGCCGAAUGGUACAUCCUAUGCAUCUGCAUCAGUCAGCCUCUUCUUCCUGUUUAUGCUCAUUCACGGUAUGUCCAUCAACUCGGUUCCGUGGGUUUAUGUACCGCAGAUUUUACCUCUCGAAGCUCGUACAAAGGGAACAGCCAUUGGCAUCAGCUCCAACUGGUUGUGGAACUUCGUGGUUGUCAUGAUCACACCCGUGGUCAUCAAUCGCAUUCAGUGGAAGGCGUAUCUGAUCUUCAAGAUCAACAACUUUUUCUUUGUUCCAGUUGUCUAUUUCUUCUACCCAGAGACUAGUAACCUACGCUUGGAGGAUAUUGAUUUGAUCUUCUCUCGUGGUGGAGACCCAGUGAACCAGGCGCGGUUAAUGGCUACAGAGAUCAAGGCUCACGGGUACAUUCAGAAUGACAGUCCCAUUGGCGAGAAAGAUAUUGAAGGUAUCAAUGUGGAGCAUGUCUGA